CAAUCGCUUUUGUCUGCAAUAGGAGCGCCCCAGCUACCUUACUUUGCACACCCACAAGAUCCUCAUCUAUCACUCUGACUCUCAAUUCCACGCCUUCCUCUGAGCCAUGGGAGUGAGCAACAACGUAACAGCAAUCCUCAACUUCGUGGCCUUCCUGGCCGCCAUCCCCAUCAUCGCCUCUGGCAUCUGGCUGGCCAACAAGCCCGACAACGAGUGCACCCACUACUUCCGGUGGCCCGUCGUCAUCCUCGGCGCGCUUAUCCUACUCGUUGCCCUGGCGGGCUUCGUCGGCGCCUAUUGGAACCGCCCGGGCCUCCUCGCCUUCUACCUCUGUUGCAUGGCCAUCCUUAUCGGCCUCCUCCUCAUCCUCCUCGUCUUCGCCUUCAUCGUCACGCGCCCCGACGGAGGCUACUCCGUCCCCGGCCGAGGCUACAAGGAGUACCGGCUCGACGGCUUCUCAGCGUGGCUCAGAGACCACGUCACCAACUCCGGGAACUGGGAUAAGAUUAGGACCUGUUUGGCUGAGUCUGACUUUUGUCCAAAGCUUAACCUCAAUUACAUCUCCGCUGAUCAGUUCUUCGCGGCUCAUAUCUCUCCUCUUCAGGCAAGAUGCUGUAAACCUCCAACAGCUUGUGGGUACGGUUAUGUGAACCCAACAUUGUGGGUAAACCCGGCAAACCCGGCGGUUGACCCGGACUGCCUCUUAUGGAACAAUGAUCAAACCCUACUGUGCUACAAUUGCAACUCUUGCAAGGCUGGUCUAUUGGGGAACCUGAGAAAGGAAUGGAGAAAAACCAAUGUGAUUCUCAUUGUUGCAGUGGUGGUGCUCAUAUGGGUCUACCUCAUUGCCUGCAGUGCCUUCAAGAAUGCACAAACAGAGGACCUCUUCCGCCGCUACAAACAGGGCUGGGUUUGAUCUUGUUACUGUCUCGUGACUUGUCACAUUGGUGGUAAUGGUUUGAUUCGGAUCUCCGGCAAUUUGAUGUCCGAAUUACUAAGAGUUCUUUCACAUUUACUGUCCGAAUUGUUAGCAUCUGGACAGCAAAAUUACUGAAGAUCUCUAUCCGUAUUGGUUUGCGUUCUUUUUUAUCCUUUGAUGGGAGUGUCUUUGUCACUAGUGUAUAUACAUUUCUCUGUUGUUUUCUAUCUAGAAUGAACACAGACGGUACUUCUGAAAGCAAUUGCUGCAAAAAAGGAGUUUUCGGAUGCUGACUAGUGGGUAGUAUUUAAUUUUGUGUGAAGAUGAGAAUAGAGAAUCCCAAUAAUGAGGUUUCCAUCCAUGAGUAUAAGAUUCUUCUAUUUCAGUGGUA